GACGUUUCGCCACUGUUUUUAUGCCGUGGGAGUUUUGAGAAGAAUUCUUACGAAGCUGUAGUUUGAUUACGAAAAUAUUUAAGUGAAAUAACACUUUAAUUUGUGCUCAAGUCUUUGAUAUAUUUUGUAACGGUACUUCAUACGAGGUUUCGGCACUAACAGUUGAUAAUUGACAUUUGAGACUGCACGACCCGAGGAGGUGAAUGAAUCCAGUGUGAUAGUUCAGCGAUUGUAUCACAUUGAAUUGAAUACAAACACGGAAAAAUGUCCAGGUUGUGAUACCGCGGGGUUGAAGUGAUGUGAUUAAUUAUGUAUCAGUGCAUAGGUGACGCGUUGCGCCGGAUUUGUGACACAAAAUAGUGCAAAAGAAAUGGGUGACAGAUUGAAACACCCAUUCAAAGUGAAAACAAAAACAUUAGUGGAUUUAUGAAAAAUGGAUGUAAUUACGGACUUUUCUGUUCUGAGUCCGGGACUGAUAGACGAGUUGGAGGCGUUCAUGGCCCCCGUCGGCGACGGCUGCUACCCACCGCAGCCGCUCGACGCGCGCCGACUUGGGGGCCAUCAACUGCCAGAAAGUCCACCGGACUCCGGAUCAGAGAACCCCUACAGCCCCUCGGAACCGGGGCACGCAGCGCACACGAUAGCAGUCUCCCAGACCGCGCUCGCAGGCGACUACAUGCUGGUGCACGACCACAUACCUACACACGAGAUCUUACAACAGAACGGCGAUUACAUAUACGAAGAACUCAAAUCAGAUAACCUAGACCAUGAAGUCUUAAGGGGAAAUCUUAAUGACGUGGUAGUUAUACCUCAAGAUCCAAAUAUAGUUGAACUUGGUAUACGCACAGUCCGACAUGAUUUAGGCUUAGAUCAGAUCACGUAUCAAAACCGCUACAAUCAGAUGAGAGUGGAAAUGCCAGAGUUGGACCAGGGCCUGAUUAACCCGCAGCUAGUCACGAUAGGCCAUGAGGGAGCCACGCUGACGCCGGUCUACACCAAUCUUCAGGAGCCCAGCAGUAAGAAGAGGAAGCACUCGCAGGAUAUUAAAUGUGAGCCAGCGGCUCUAUCGCCAGAGAGCGUGAGCCACAACCCCCGACCCGCGCCGCCCUCAGUGGACGGUUCGGAGGCGGGUGACGAUGUCCCCAUGCAGUGCAUUAGGUUCGCGCCCUUCCAACAAUCCGCAUGGCACCUACUGUAUGACUGCAACCUCAAACCACUACCGAACCCCUCUUACGUGGUGGGAGCAGACAAAGGGUUCAACUACUCGCAGAUAGAUGAAGCGUUCGUCUGUCAGAAGAAGAAUCACUUCCAAGUGACAUGUCAAAUACAAGUGCAGGGCGAGGCGCAGUACGUCAAGACAAAUGAGGGAUUUAAGAAAAUUAAUAAUUUCUGCUUACAUUUCUACGGUGUCAAGGCGGAGGAUCCAAGUCAAGAAGUCAGAGUUGAACAAAGUCAAUCGGAUCGAACAAAGAAACCUUUUCACCCAGUGCCUGUGGAACUUCGUCGCGAUUGUGCUAAAGUGACUGUGGGUCGUCUUCACUUUGCGGAGACGACCAACAACAACAUGCGCAAGAAGGGGCGACCCAACCCCGACCAGAGACACUUCCAGCUAGUGGUGGCGCUGCGAGCGCACGCCGCGACACAACACUACAUGGUCGCCGCGCACGCCAGCGACCGCAUUAUUGUGCGGGCGUCGAACCCUGGACAGUUCGAAUCUGACUGCUCGGAGGGAUGGUGGCAGCGCGGAGUCUCUGACAACAGCGUGCACUUCACAGGCCGCGUCGGUAUCAACACCGACCGCCCCGAUGAGUCCUGUGUCAUUAAUGGCAAUUUAAAAGUGAUGGGGCAUAUUGUGCACCCGUCGGACGCACGCGCCAAACACAACAUUGAGGAGCUGGACACUGCACAGCAGCUGCGCAAUGUACAGAGCAUCAGGGUCGUCAAGUUCAACUACGACCCGUCGUUCGCGGAGCACUCCGGUCUGCUGGGUCACGACCCGCGGCGCGCUGCUCCACACGCGGACACCGGCGUCAUUGCGCAGGAGGUGCGCCGCGUCAUACCUGAGGCUGUCAAGGAGGCGGGCGAUGUCACUCUGCCCAACGGAGAUACCAUUCCCAACUUCCUCGUCGUCAACAAGGACCGUAUCUUCAUGGAGAACCUGGGCGCGGUGAAGGAGCUGUGCAAGGUGACCGGACAUCUGGAGUCCCGUAUUGAGCAGCUCGAGCGAGUCAGCAAGCGUCUACAUCGCAGGGACAGUGCUAGAUCCAGUCUCAGUAAUGAUUCUCGUUUCUCCGGAUUAUCGACGUCCUCAAAAUCCUUUUACAGCGACGGCAACAUAUCAAUCGAUCAGAUACGCGACAUCGCGAGAAACAUUCGCAAACAUGAAUGUUGUCACAAACUGAGCCACAACUCACCCAAAUAUACGAGAAAGCAAUGCAAGAAUUGUCACGGGAACUACACUAAAUAUGGAAAAUAUUACAACUAUAAUAAAACUUGUGUCAGAUAUCAUUCGAAUAAGAGUGACAAAGUUGAAAGUACUGAUUAUCCAACUUAUGUCAGUUCUCUGGAGUCGAGUCCCACCACGCCUAAACCUGACGAAACUUACAGCAUUGUGUCGAAACAAAAAGAUUCUUGUCUAUGGUUGAGGGACGAAGAUAGUUUGGCGUACAACAGCAAGCUGGCAUUUUGUUGCCGAAGGAAGGACAGAUUUGGUGAUGCCAGCAGUGAAUUAGUAUCUAAUAAAUUCUUGCAAAUCGUCAUCACAAUUUUAAUUUUCAUUAUGGCUAUAUGCCUCGUAGUGAUGACAGCUCUAUACUUUAGAGAGCAUCAGGAGUUAUUGUCUAUGAAAGAGAUCAGAUUGCACGAGAAAUUCUCCAACUACCCGCACUACGGCAAGUUCAAUGUCAAUGGCGGCCCCGCGCACAGAGCCACGCCCCCAGACCAGAACCAAAUACAAAAUUUAAAACCUUCACAACAUGUUGCUGCAAAGAAAAGCGUCAAAGAGAAAGGACCGCACAAGACGACGCCGGAGUACACAACGAGCACUCCGGCUGACAUCUCGCACUCCACUACAACUGCAGUGCACGCCUCCAGGAACUACGUCAGGAAUGUGCUUAACAUGGAGCAGAGAGCGGCGCCGCUGCGUGCGGAGCGGCCUGCAGUGACGCGCGUGGCUGACGUGGUGGGGGGAGGCUGUACAUACACGCUCAAUGCUGACAACGAGCUCGACGCUGAGUGUCAGUCUUGCGGACUUGAACCUCCACAAACAUUUGAAAAUCAAGAACCAUUAGAACGCUCCAGCCCAGAGAAAGACCUAAACGAGACGUAUACAAGAAAUCUAGAUCAAACUUUAAAAGAAAUACCAAGCAUCCCAGUGAUAUUGGAGAAGAACAAUUCUGAUGCUUUGAAGAACGAAAACGAUUCACUGAGGAAUCAGAUACAUGAGGAAAUACUAGCUGAAUCUAAUUUAUUAGAUCCCAACAAGCAAAACGGUACUGAAGUUAGGAUGAAGAGGGAACUACGUCACAGAGAUCCGAAGGGCAGGAGGGAGGUUCGGGAGACAAAUGAAGCUUUGCUGAGAAGUAGUUCUGAGGAGAUGACCUUGACGGAACAAUCGGAUGAGGUGCCAUUGUCUCAAGGGUCGGAGUGCGAGAGCGUGUCUGUGGGCGUGUGGAGCGCGGCGGCGGGCGCGGUCAACACCUCGCUCUUCUCUGAGGUGGUGUGCGCGCGCGCUUUGUACAACUUCACCUACGGCGUGCCGCUCUCACACUGCCUGCAUCACAAGGAGCUCGCUAUCACAUUCAGGACGACAAAAUUAAAAGAGCUACGUCUGUGUGAACUAUACUGUAAGUACGACACUAUGAAGAACUGUCAGGUGAGCAGGGAGAUAGCCAAGCCCCUGCCCAGUGGCGACACCUGGAUCUCUAAAAUGAAUCUAGACUGUAACAUGGACAGACAUAUGAAGAUACGAGCUGCUUUCGCUCCUUUAAAGGACUUGUGCUACCUGAAUGCAGAACAUAAAAUACCAUUUGUGGAGUACAACAUACAUAUUUACAGAGAUUGUCGGAAUUGAAGAAAAU